AGUUGCGAAUAGUUUCACACAUCACGUUAAUCUUGAUAACGGAUUAGUAUAAAUAACAGUAUUAUUGAAAAAUGGUUAAGUUAACGCCAGAUUUAAUACAGCAAUCUAUGCAGUAUAUAAACCCUGUAAAGGAUCGUGAAUUGGAUCUCAGAGGUUACAAAAUUCCUACAAUUGAAAACUUGGGUGCAACUCUGGAUCAAUUUGAUACUAUAGAUUUCUCAGAUAAUGAUAUUAGAAAGUUGGAUGGGUUUCCUCUCUUAAAACGUAUAAAAACACUCUUUUUCAACAAUAAUCGUAUUGUUAGAAUUGGGGAGGGAUUGGAGCAUUGCAUACCAAAUUUAAAAACCCUUAUGUUGACUGGAAAUAUGAUUCAAGAACUUGGUGAUUUGGAGCCACUGACACAGCUAAAAAAUUUGACAAACCUAUGUCUAUUGCAGAAUCCAGUCUCUGCAAAGCCUCAAUAUAGACAGUAUGUUGUAUAUAGGUUUCCACAACUGAGGCUUCUAGAUUUUAGGAAAAUUAAGAUGAAAGAGCGCGAGGCUGCAGUUGCUUACUUUAGAAGUAAAAAAGGAAAAGAAAUGAUUCGUGAAAUAGCAAAGAAAGCAAAAACACAAGCUACUGGCGCGUUCACGGAUAAACCAUUGACCACCCUAGAGGAACGCAAUAAAAUUAGAGAGGCUAUCACAAAUGCUUCUUCCCUCGAAGAAGUACAACGUCUUAGUAAAUUACUUCAAUCCGGACACAUGCCCAGUGAAGAGAGAAUACAGAAUGGAAACACAAUACCUGAAGCAAUGGAAGAAGAGGAUGACUAAUUUUUCACACAUUACUUUCAGACUUAAAAUAUGUUAAACAAGAACAAUCAUUUUUAUUGGUGUAAGUAUUAGAUCGAUACUCUCGGCGAAAUCGAGAACAGUAUGUUAAGCUAAUAAGAAAUUAUAUGCUACACAACUUCAAUUUUGUUGAGAGAUAGUUCAGAGAUUCGAUAAUAAAAUUAUUG